AAACCCUGUUUUACAAGAAAAGUGACUGAAAUCGAACCACAUAUUGUGAAGACACAACAUGAGAAAAUAACCUCUUCCCAUUUUCAGCUCACCAAAUCAAAACUGCUGGUUGUACAAACUUUAGCACGCCAAGAAAACACCUCCUAUAUUUCUAGCAGUAGAAUCACACCAAAACAACCAGUCCAUGCAUAACUACAACAUUUCCUAUCAUCUCAAUAUCAUGAAUAUUUCACUUAGCACCAUUAACAUGACUUAUUCCUCUUCCUCCUCAUCAUCUUCAUCCUUCUUUGCACAACAUUUCAACUCGAACGGUCUAUCGAGAAGUUUGUUUCUCUUGCCAGAGAUACAAAUGAUGGAAAUAUUCCUAGCCGUUGUUGUUUUCGUCGCUAUACAUUCUUUAAGGCAAGGGAAAAAACAAGGAUUACCAAACUGGCCAUUGGUAGGGAUGUUGCCUUCUUUGAUUUUCGGACUACGGAAAGACAUGUAUGAGUGGAUUUCUGAUGUUCUCUGCCGGAUGAACGGGACGUUUACGUUCCGAGGUCCAUGGUUUACCAACCUCAACUGCGUGGUGACAUCUGAUCCACGGAAUCUUGAGUAUCUUCUCAAGACAAAGUUCUCAAAUUUCCCGAAAGGAGACUACUUUCGGAGCACUGUUAGAGAUCUCCUUGGAGAUGGAAUAUUCAGUGCAGAUGAUGAGAUUUGGCAGAAACAGCGGAAAACAGCCAGCAUUGAGUUCCAUUCUGCUAAGUUUAGGAAUAUGACAACAGAUUCCUUGUUAGAGCUUGUUCAUUCUAGGCUUUUACCCGUGUUGGAAGAUUCAAUCAAGCAAUCAAUCCCCAUUGAUCUUCAAGAUGUUCUCCUUAGGCUCACGUUUGAUAACGUCUGCAUGAUUGCUUUCGGGGUUGAUCCAGGUUGUCUCCACCCUGGAUUACCAGAAAUUCCAUUUGCCAAAGCUUUCGAAUCAGCAACUGAGGCAACCAUUCUCCGGUUUGUCACUCCUACGCUUGUCUGGAAAACCAUGAGGUGCCUCGGGUUAGGAACAGAGAAGACGCUGAAGCAUUCGUUGAAAAAAGUGGAUGAAUUUGCUGAUGAAGUAAUCAGAACAAGAAAGAAAGAGCUUUCUUUAGCCUCAUCAGAAGAUGGAAAGCAAAGAUCAGAUCUUUUAACAGUGUUCAUGGGGUUAAGAGAUGAACAAGGAGGGCCGUUUUCGGAUAAGUUCUUGAGAGAUAUAUGUGUGAACUUCAUUCUAGCUGGAAGAGACACUUCUUCAGUGGCAUUAAGCUGGUUUUUCUGGCUCUUGAAUAGUAGUCCUGAGGUUGAAGAAAGGAUUUUGGCUGAGAUUUCUAAGAUUUUAAAUGAAAGGGAGGAUGCUAUUAAUGAAAGUCCAUUGAUUUUCAAGCCACAAGAGAUCAAGAAAAUGGAGUAUCUACAAGCUGCUCUUUCUGAGGCUCUCAGAUUGUACCCUUCUGUGCCAGUUGAUCACAAAGAGGUUGUUGAAGACGAUGUUUUCCCAGAUGGAACGGUAUUGAAGAAGGGAACAAAGGUAGUGUAUGCAAUCUACGCAAUGGGAAGAAUGGAAGGGAUAUGGGGUAAAGAUUGCAGAGAAUACAGACCAGAGAGGUGGCUGAAAGAUGGGCGGUACAUGAGUGAAUCUGCCUACCGCUUCACUGCCUUCAACGGAGGACCUCGCCUUUGCUUAGGCAAAGAUUUCGCUUACUAUCAGAUGAAAUUCGCCGCUGCAUCCAUCCUCUACCGUUACCAUGUCAAGGUAGUGGAAGGCCAUCCAGUUAUGCCCAAAAUGGCUCUCACUAUGUACCUCAAGUAUGGACUACAAGUCAACCUCUCCAGGCGUCAUCAAACUCCUCUCAACAACAAAUACUAAUUACUACUUUCUCUAGCUAGCUAGCUGUGUAAUGUUUGUUCCUUUCGCUGUUUUCCUAUUUUUCAGUAAUAUAUAAUGAACAUGUUGUAUUGGUGGGUGAGUAGUAAGGAGACAGGGAAAAAAAAAGAUUGAAUUAGGUACAUAAGAUGAAUUAAUUUAUUGGAAUAAUAGAUUCUGUGUUGAUUGCUA